AUGGCGGUGGACUCGGCGAUGGAGCUGCUAUUUUUAGAUACUUUUAAACACCCAAGCGCUGAGGUAAGACUUGGCAACUUCAUACCGACCCUGCUUCUUGACUUGGGGACUCUUACAAAAUCGGAGACAUCUCCACACACAUUUCAAUUAGACUUAUUCUUCAACAAUGUAAGCAAACCAAGUGCCCCAGUUUUCGAUAGGUUGGGAAGCCUGGAAUAUGAUGAGAAUACUUCUAUCAUCUUUAGACCCAACUCAAAGGUGAAUACUGAUGGUCUGGUGCUAAGAGGCUGGUAUAACUGUCUGACACUGGCAAUAUAUGGAUCAGUGGACAGAGUGAUAAGUCAUGACAAAGACUCUCCACCACCGCCACCUCCACCACCACCGCCUCCCCAGCCACAGCCAAGUUUGAAAAGGAAUACAAAACAUGCUGAUGGGGAAAAAGAAGAUCAGUUUAAUGGAAGCCCUCCAAGACCACAGCCAAGGGGACCUAGAACUCCUCCAGGACCCCCCCCACCUGAUGAUGAUGAAGAUGAUCCUGUGCCUCUGCCAGGGGAUGAUGGCUAUGAACAAAUUUCCAGUGAUGAAGAUGGAAUUGCAGACUUAGAACGUGAAACAUUUAAGUAUCCAAACUUUGAUGUUGAAUACACUGCUGAAGAUUUAGCUUCAGUUCCUCCUAUGACUUAUGAUCCAUAUGACAGGGAGCUUGUACCACUGUUAUACUUCAGCUGUCCAUACAAGACAACUUUUGAAAUUGAAAUCAGUAGAAUGAAGGAUCAAGGUCCAGAUAAAGAAAAUUCAGGGGCAAUAGAAGCCUCAGUGAAAUUAACUGAACUGUUAGAUUUGUAUCGGGAGGAAAGAGGUGCAAGAUGGGUAACAGCCUUGGAGGAAAUUCCAAGUUUAAUAAUAAAAGGAUUAAGCUAUUUGCAAUUGAAAAACACAAAACAAGACUCCCUUGGCCAGUUAGUGGACUGGACUAUGCAAGCUUUAAAUUUACAAGUAGCCCUUCGCCAACCCAUUGCCUUAAAUGUUCGACAGCUCAAAGCUGGGACCAAAUUAGUGUCCUCACUAGCAGAAUGUGGUACUCAAGGAGUCACAGAAUUGCUACAAGCAGGCGUGAUUAGUGGAUUAUUUGAACUUCUAUUUGCUGAUCAUGUAUCAUCUUCUCUUAAGUUAAAUGCUUUUAAAGCUUUGGACAGUGUCAUUAGUAUGACAGAAGGAAUGGAAGCUUUUUUAAGAGGCAGGCAGGGUGAAAAAAGUGGCUAUCAAAAACUUCUGGAACUCAUACUUUUAGAUCAGACUGUAAGGGUUGUCACUGCUGGUUCGGCUAUUCUCCAAAAAUGCCAUUUCUAUGAAAUCUUGUCAGAGAUUAAAAGACUUGGUGAUCAUUUAGCAGAGAAGACAUCAUCUGUUCCUAACCACAGUGAACCUGAUCAUGACCCAGAUGCUGGACUUGAGAGAACAAACCCAGAAUAUGAAAAUGAAGUAGAAGCUUCUAUGGAUAUGGAUCUUUUGGAAUCUUCAAAUAUAAGUGAGGGGGAAAUAGAAAAGCUUAUUAACCUCCUAGAAGAAGUUUUUCAUUUAAUGGAGACUGCACCUCAUACAAUGAUCCAGCCCCCUGUGAAGUCUUUCCCAACGAUGGCACGAAUUACUGGACCUCCAGAGAGGGAUGAUCCAUACCCUGUUCUCUUUAGAUAUCUUCACAGUCAUCACUUCUUGGAGUUGGUUACCUUGCUUCUGUCAAUUCCUAUAACAAGUGCCCACCCUGGUGUGCUGCAAGCCACAAAAGAUGUUUUGAAGUUUCUUGCACAGUCACAAAAGGGUCUUCUGUUUUUUAUGUCGGAAUAUGAAGCAACAAAUUUGUUGAUACGAGCUCUGUGUCAUCUUUAUGAUCAAGAUGAAGAAGAAGGUCUUCCAUCUGAUGGUGUUAUUGAUGAUGCUUUUGCCUUAUGGCUACAGGACUCAACACAGACGUUGCAGUGUAUUACAGAACUAUUCAGCCAUUUUCAGCGUUGUACAGCCAGUGAAGAAACUGACCAUUCAGAUCUCUUGGGAACCCUUCACAAUCUUUAUCUGAUUACUUUUAAUCCUGUGGGAAGAUCAGCUGUUGGCCAUGUUUUUAGUCUGGAGAAAAAUCUCCAAAGUCUUAUUACUCUAAUGGAGUACUAUUCCAAAGAAGCCUUAGGUGAUUCCAAAUCUAAGAAGUCAGUAGCUUAUAAUUAUGCAUGCAUACUUAUUUUGGUGGUGGUUCAGUCUUCCAGUGAUGUUCAAAUGCUAGAACAACAUGCACCAUCUCUCUUGAAGCUUUGUAAAGCAGAUGAAAAUAAUGCUAAAUUGCAAGAACUUGGCAAGUGGCUUGAACCUCUGAAAAAUCUUAGAUUUGAAAUUAACUGCAUCCCAAACUUAAUUGAAUAUGUUAAACAGAAUAUUGAUAACUUGAUGACCCCAGAAGGAGUUGGCCUUACCACUGCCUUACGUGUUCUCUGUAAUGUGGCAUGCCCACCACCUCCUGUUGAAGGUCAGCAGAAAGAUCUGAAAUGGAAUCUUGCUGUUAUUCAGCUUUUUUCCGCUGAAGGAAUGGACACCUUUAUUCGAGUUCUGCAAAAAUUGAACAGUAUUCUGACUCAGCCUUGGAGGCUCCAUGUCAACAUGGGGACUACCCUUCACAGAGUUACUACUAUUUCAAUGGCUCGCUGCACACUCACUCUUCUUAAAACUAUGUUAACGGAACUCCUGAGAGGUGGAUCCUUUGAGUUUAAGGACAUCCGUGUUCCUUCAGCACUUGUUACUUUACAUAUGCUCCUGUGCUCUAUCCCCCUCUCAGGUCGUUUGGAUAGUGAUGAACAGAAAAUUCAGAAUGACAUCAUUGAUAUUUUACUGACUUUUACACAAGGAGUUAAUGAAAAACUCACAAUUUCAGAAGAGACUCUGGCCAAUAAUACUUGGUCUUUAAUGUUAAAAGAAGUUCUUUCUUCAAUCUUGAAGGUUCCUGAAGGAUUUUUUUCUGGACUCAUACUUCUUUCAGAGCUGCUGCCUCUUCCAUUGCCCAUGCAAACAACUCAGGUUAUUGAGCCACAUGAUAUAUCAGUGGCACUCAACACCCGAAAAUUGUGGAGCAUGCACCUUCAUGUUCAAGCAAAGUUGCUCCAAGAAAUAGUUCGCUCUUUCUCUGGCACAACCUGCCAGCCCAUUCAACAUAUGUUACGGCGUAUUUGUGUUCAAUUGUGUGACCUUGCCUCACCAACUGCACUUCUGAUUAUGAGAACUGUGUUGGAUUUGAUUGUAGAAGACUUGCAAAGCACUUCAGAAGAUAAAGAAAAACAAUACACUAGCCAAACCACCAGGUUGCUUGCUCUUCUUGAUGCUCUGGCUUCACACAAAGCUUGUAAAUUAGCUAUUUUGCAUCUAAUUAAUGGAACUAUUAAAGGUGAUGAAAAAUAUGCAGAGAUAUUCCAGGAUCUUUUAGCUUUGGUGCGGUCUCCUGGAGACAGUGUCAUUCGCCAACAGUGUGUUGAAUAUAUCACAUCCAUUUUGCAGUCCCUCUGUGAUCAGGACAUUGCACUUAUUUUGCCAAGCUCUUCUGAAGGUUCUAUUUCUGAACUGGAGCAGCUCUCUAAUUCUCUACCAAACAAAGAAUUGAUGGCCUCAAUCUGUGACUGUCUAUUAGCUACACUAGCUAACCCUGAAAGCAGUUACAAUUGUUUACUGACAUGUGUCAGAACAAUGAUGUUUCUUGCAGAGCAUGAUUAUGGAUUAUUUCAUUUAAAAAGUUCUUUAAGGAAAAAUAGUAAUGCUCUGCAUAUUUUACUGAAACGAGUGAUCGCCACAUUUAGUAAGGACACAGGAGAACUUGCGUCUUCAUUUUUGGAAUUUAUGAGACAGAUUCUUAACUCUGACACAAUGGGAUGUUGUGGAGAUGAUAGUGGUCUCAUGGAAAUAGAGGGAGCUCAUCCAACACGGACGAUGAGUAUUAAUGCUGCAGAAUUAAAACAGCUUCUACAAAGCAAAGAAGAAAGUUCAGAAAAUUUGAUCCUUGAACUAGAGAAGCUUGUUUUGGAACAUUCAAAAGAUGAUGAUAAUCUGGAUUCCUUGUUGGACAAUGUAGUUGGACUUAAGCAGAUGCUGGAGUCGUCAGGUGAUCCUUUACCUCUCAGUGACCAGGAUAUAGAGCCAGUACUUUCAGCUCCAGAAUCUCUCCAGAAUCUGUUUAAUAAUAGGACUGCAUAUGUGCUAGCUGAUGUAAUGGAUGAUCAGUUGAAAUCUAUGUGGUUUACUCCUUUUCAGGCUGAAGAGAUUGAUGCAGAUCUGGACUUGGUAAAGGUUGACUUAAUUGAACUCUCUGAAAAGUGCUGCAGUGAUUUUGAUUUGCACUCAGAAUUAGAGCGCUCAUUUUUGUCAGAACCAUCAUCUCCUGGAAGAACCAAAACUACUAAAGGAUUCAAACUUGGGAAGCACAAGCAUGAGACCUUUAUAACUUCAAGUGGAAAAUCUGAGUACAUUGAACCUGCCAAACGAGCUCAUGUUGUGCCACCACCAAGAGGAAGGGGCAGGGGAGGAUUUGGACAGGGUAUACGACCUCAUGAUAUUUUUCGCCAGAGAAAACAGAACACAAGUAGACCACCAUCUAUGCAUGUGGAUGACUUUGUUGCAGCUGAAAGUAAAGAAGUAGUCCCUCAAGAUGGAAUACCCCCACCAAAACGACCACUCAAAGUAUCACAGAAGAUUUCUUCUCGUGGUGGGUUUUCAGGCAGUCGAGGAGGACGGGGUGCUUUCCACAGUCAGAAUAGGUUUUUCACACCACCUGCUUCAAAAGGUAAUGACUAUAUUUUUUCUUUUAUAGGCUACCGUCCAAGUCCUCGGGACCGUGCUUCUAGAGGUCGUGGCGGACUCGGACCUUCCUGGGCUAGUGCAAAUAGUGGCAGUGGAGGCUCAAGAGGAAAGUUUGUUAGUGGAGGCAGUGGGAGAGGUCGUCACGUACGCUCCUUUACACGAUAAAAAUGCUUUGGGGAACAUCCUAAGUGUAUACAAACAUUUCCUGAGGACAAUAAAAAUAAAAUAAGACGUUGAAGGACCAAUUUAGACUUAGCUAUCUGGAGACAUCUGAGAGAAUAUUUUUAUCUGAAGAAAGCAGAUUUUGUUUGAUACUUAACGAGAUUUCAAUAAAAAUCCAAACUUUUUAUG